GGGAACAACCUCAUCCCUGGUGGACAUAAGCCCUACGCCUCCACAAUUGAGGCUCUCUUCUCCAAGUUGCUCUCCGCUCGAUCUCCGCAGCCGCUUUACGCCAUGACGAAGGGAACGGGGAGUUUUGGUAAGCGCCGGAACAAAUCACACACGCUAUGCCGGCGUUGCGGGCGCCGGAGUUUUCAUAUUCAGAAAAGCCGGUGUUCGGCAUGUGCCUACCCUGCCGCCAGAGUCCGGAGCUAUAACUGGAGCGUGAAGGCUAUUAGGAGGAAGACCACUGGAACGGGACGCAUGCGUCAUCUUCGCCAUCUUCCCCGCAGAUUCUCUAACAAUUUCAGAGAGGGAACUCAAGCUGCUCCAAGGAAGGCGCCCGCAUCAUCCUAGAUGGCAAAGGGAGUUAUUUAGUGGAGAUGACAUGUCCCACUUUUCUUGUACUUGGAUUUGCACAAGGGUUGUCCUUUUAUCACCCAUUUAAGGAUGUACUAAAUAGAUGAAUGCUGAUCCAGCAGCGCAUUAUUUGAGAAACUGUGGAAUGUGUCUGCUCUUCUGUUUAGUCGGUCUUGGAAAGACUUACCUUUUAGUUUCAAAUAUCCUACUUACAUGUAUGCGCGGUGAAAAUUGGUAUCAGUUGUGGCCCAGUGAUAUAUCCAAGUCCACAUUUGAUUCGA